AAAAUAUAUAUAUAUAUAUACAAGUAAAUAGUUCUAAUGAAAGGCUAGUGUGUUUAUCUUUCUUUUACUGUUUUUAUAAUACGUAUAAAAUUGUAUUCUUUUCUCCUUUAGCAUACAGGUAUAUAAACUGCUCUAAGAAUACCCCAAAUAUAAAGAUACAAACUAUAAAACAAGUCAGUUAUUUGAUUUCAAAAGUAUAUUUUGAAAUAAAAUUAAUUUGUUAAAACACUUUGUAAAUGAGUUUUUCUGUAAAGCAAGGUACCUCUUUAGGAAAUGAGGAAUAAGGUUUAUUUAAAACCUUAAAAUCAGUAUCCUAUGUAUGCUACAAAACUCCUAGCUCCUUAAGUCCCAAAACCUCUUUCCUGUCUCAGUAAAUGGAAUCACUAUCUACCCAGUUGCUCAAGCCAAAAAUCUAGAUUUUAUCCUUUAUUUCUUGUUUUCCACAUCCCUUGUAUCUAAUCAAUCAAAUCCUUUUAGUUUUAUUUCUCAGUCUAGGCCUUUGUAGUGCCUGGAUUGACUUUUUUUUUCUCCCUGUAAAGGGCCCAGUAUUUCAGACUUUGGAGGCCAUACAGUCUCUGUCGCAAGUACUCAACUACGCUGCCUAGAACUAAAGUAGCCGUGGAUCAUACAUAACCAAAGAUCAUGACUUUUCCAAUAAAAUUGUAUUUACAAAAACAGGCAGCAGGCGGGGUUUGGCCUACAGGCUGUAGUUCGUUCACCUCUGCACUAGUCCUUCCCUCAGCUGGGAAUGUACUACCUCCAGCAGGUAUGAAAGGCCCAUGGAUAACAUGAUUCCAUCAGCACAGACAAUUCAGAGAUCGUUUUCUUCUCCAGAAAAUUUUCAGAGACAAGCAGUGAUGAAAAAUGUUUUGAGACACAUGUCAUGUGGUGGGAAAUUUGGUUCUAUACAGCUGGACCAGCCAGGAUUCUCCCCAACAAUUCAGCCACAUAAUCAUUCUCCUAACCAGCCUUCAAGCUCCCAGUGGCGCCAAGAUACAUCAUCAUCCCAGCGUAAAGUUAGACAUAAUUCUCAUCCCUAUGUAGCAGAUAGACAUUAUAGUCGUGAACACUGUUACGCCGAUCACGGGUCUGACCAUCAUUACAGAGGAAGCAGAGAAGAUUUCUUUUAUGAAGAUAGGAAUCACGAUGGCUGGAGUCAUGACUAUGAUAACAGAAGAGACAAUAGUAGAGAUGGAAAAUGGCGCUCAUCUCGACACUAACAAGUGUUAAAAGGACAUUUUCUUUUUGUAGGUUCAUUUUAGGCCCUUUUGGCUAAAUUGAUCUGGAAGAGUUUUGUUGAAAAACAGUGCAGAGCACCUUUACAAGUUGCCACAUCUCUUUAAAAAUUUUUUUAAACCCAUAACUACAGUUUAAUAACAGAAAUGAGAAGAAUUGUGGUUCCGGUUUUAUUACAUUAAUAACCUUUCACCUCAGGGUUUUAUGCAGAAGAAAGUGUCACAAUUCCUAAUCAUUUAGACAGUUUAGAAAAAGGUGAAUUGUACAGUUUAGUUGUAUUAUAAAUCAAAUAUUUUAAUUAUUUGUAAUCCUUUUGUAUUGCAAGAAAUUUCUUGCUAGUGUAUCAGAUUUGGGUGUGUAUAAUAGAAAAUAUCCAAGUUGAUAGUCUGACUUGGCUAACGGUAUUUUGUUAAUAAAUUAAAAGAUAAAACUUUUCAGUGAUUCAUUUUGCUAGCAUUAUAUUUGAGGAAGCUUAUUGGUAAAGUUUGGGGAUCAAUCAUAUUGUUUGACCUCUUAGACAAGUAUAAAAAUUCAAUAAUAUGUUCUUUUGAGCUUUACCCUAAUUGAAAAAUACAAGUGUAAAUUUGUACAUAACAUUGUUUCACUGUAAAAUAUAGGAUUUGUUAAUUAAAUCAUGUUUGAUAUAUGGCUAAAGUCACUCAGAGGUUAAAUGUCUCUAGAUAUGUGUUUUUUACAUCGAGAAAACAGUAUUUAAAUUCCCUUUUCCAAGAAGAAAAAACUUGUCGAUGCAUAGUCAUAAAAUGGUAAAAUGUUUUACUGAAAGUAUGCUUUUUUGGUGGAAAAGAUUCAUGAAGCCUUUAACUACAUGGUCUCUGCUGCUCAAACUUUAAAAAUUUUAAUAUUUUCAAAAUGCCCAGGGCAUGUGUAUAAGGACACAUUUUAUUAUAAAGAUUGUGCAGGUUGCUUUUCUGUUUGAACAUUUGAAAAAAUUUAGUCUUAAAUAUUUCCUGGUUUUAAAAUUUUUCAAUCUUGUUUGAUAACACUUUUGUGUAUCUAGAUGAUUGAUAACUGUUUACCUUUCAUUACGGAAUAUGACUUGUUUAUAAAAAUUUAUUUGUUGAGAACUCUGGAUCCUUUUUAAUACUGACAAUGGCAUUUGUAUUAUGUUGCUUUUUAAUAUAUUUAAAAUUAAACAUCCAAA